AUGGCCGAACCACCUUCAUCGCCUCCUAGCGAGGCUGCUGGCGCCGAGGAUGCCUUGGCUUGGUACAAGGCGCAAUACGAACUUUUGGAGUCUGAGCUGGCCGAGUUCCGAGAAUCCAGUCGGGAAUUGGAGCAGGAACUGGAGAAGGAUAUUGAACGAGCAGAGAAGCAGGAGAGAAUCCUGAAAGAGAAAGCCGAUGCACUACGAUUUGAAGUAGAAGAGUGGAAGAGAAAAUACAAAGAAUCCAAAGCAGAAACCACCACUGCGCAAGCCUCACUAGAAAAGGAAAUUACAAACCUUCGAGAGGCAAACCGCACAUUGGCUCUGAGACUGAGAGACUCCGAGGUUGCCAAUGAUGAUUUCGAACGUCAGGCGCGAAACACCACCUCGUCUCUCGAGGAUAUGGAGUCCAAGUUCAACCAGGCUGUUGAGCGGGGCGUCCUGAUGGAGGAGGAGAUCAGGAUGGGCGAGCAGGAGCGUGAGGCGCUCCGCAUCGAGUCGCAGCGCUUGCGAGAGGAGCUCUCAGAGCUCAAGAUUGAAGCUGAGCUCAUGCAGGACAAGGUCAAGAAGUACGAAUCCCGCCACUCGACCAUCUCGUCCGACAUUUCGAUUCUCGAGUCCCCCACCUUUGAUAAGGCUGUGGAUGCGUCUGUCGACUCGGCCGCAAGCUCGCCUCUCAUCACCACGCCCCCAGAGAUUACCAAGUCUCUGGGAGAGCCGACCACCGAGCUGUUGGACCCGCCAUCACCGCCAAUGUCAGAUGCCUCAGCGCACAUGUCGAGAGCACCCUCACGGAUCCGCACUCCGGCCCCUGCCACACUUCGCCGGACCCGAUUGCCGUCGGUGGAUGCCAGUUCUCGAGCCCGUGCAGGUACUUCUUCGACGGGCAAUCGGGUUGUCACUGGUGGUCGCCCGUCUAUCAGCAGCAUCAACGGAAAUAGCAACAGCGGCGGCGCCUCUCUUCGGACGACGCCCACACACAGAUCAACCGUAUCCCGCAACAGCAACUACAAGAUACCCGCGUCAAACUCAUUGUCGCACAUUCGCCUUCUCACGGCACAGAUGCAACGGCUCGAAGCCAGAGUGCACUCGGUGCGGUCCAAACUGCCCGCCCCCAGCGGUAGCAGCACUCCGCCUCGUCCAGCUUCUCGACCUGCGAUGCCCAGUUUGACUCCCACCGCCCCGACCAUGGUCCGCUCACGGAAGCGCGCCACCACUCAGUCGACGGCAUCUUCAUCUUUCACUGGGGAUGACCUGACGCCUACUAGUAGUUAUGCUUCAUCAUCUAGGGCUAGCCACACUCCGAAGCUUAGCAACGCGUCUGGCGUCAGUAGGAUCUCCUUUGGCACUCAGCCCAAUGGCCGAGGAUCAGAAUCGGAAGUCAGUCGGCCAGUAUCACGGUCAAGCGGAACAUCAUAUGUCAGGCCGCCGUCUCGCAAUGAAGUGGCAUUACCGACACGGCCAAUUUCCCGGAGCUCUUUCUCGGCGGGGACUCGAACUCCGAUUGGCCGGCCGGCCUCCUCCUUUGGCCGCGGGCACUCUGGUAGUGUCAGUGGCGUAGACCUGCUCGGAGAGGAACCCGAACAUGAACCUGUGUACCGCACGCCUAGUAGGCGCGGUACCUUUUCUACCCGAUAUGAUUUCGCAAUUCCCACACCGGGCAGCGGGAUCCCCGGGCCAAGCUUGAGACGGCAGAGCGGAGCCAGGAGAAUCAGCCUUAGCAACGGCAGUACCAACAGCGGCGGCGUCCCUCUUCGAUCGGGCCGUGUCAGCACGACUGGAUUCAGGAAACUGGGCGACUUGGGAGAGACUUAUUGA